AUGAAGGCAUCAUUCACCACUACUGUCCUCUCUGGCCUUGCUGCCAUCGGCAGCGUAGCUGCCAACCCUCUGCGUCCGCUAGGGGACCUUGUCAAGCGCAAUCCCGACGGCAACUUCACCCUCUACGCCUACGGACUUACCUCUGAACCCGUCAAGUUAUUCUACGCCGAUGGACUGGCCUACUUCGGCACCGCCUCCGACUGGACCUACGGCUCCGUCGUGACUGACAUCACCAUGACCUACAGCUCCGACGAAGUCUUCGCCGAAGCUCUCACCGAGGGCGUGACCCUCCCUGAUGAUACUCUGCUGUACAUCCGCCCCAACGCGGACGAGGUCACCGAGGUUGGCUUCACGGGCGAUGACACUCCCUCGGAUGCCGUAACUGAUCAGUGGAUCUGGUACGGUGGCUGGAUCAUGUAUGAAUCCGACUCUGGGGAGCUGUUUGAUACGUUCUAUGUCAAGGAUACCAAUGUCUCGACGGUGUGGCAGCUGUUUUGGGUUCCCGAGGGGGUGUCGAGCAGUGGGUAUACGAGUGCAAAUGUGCGGGAUGUUGCUUGA